CUUGUGGAGGGAGAUAUGGCGGACCCUGCACGUCGACCUAGGGACAGGGCUCCACGGUUCCAGUUCGACAUGUCCCUCCUCGCGGCACUUCUUGACCGAUGGCGUCCGGAGAUGCACACAUUUCACCUCCCGGUCGGUGAGAUGACCCCUACUCUUCAGGACGUGGCGAUGCUUCUAGGCUUGCCGUGUGCUGGACGAGCUGUGGGUGCAGAGGACGUGGGACUCUCGUGGCGCGACGACCUUUUGGCUCGGUUCGCCGGGGUUCAGCGCAACGAGCAAGCGUUGCCGUACCGGCCCUUGCCUGCGAACCACGCACACGGACCUACAAAGAGGUGGCUUCUACAGUUUAGUGCGGACUACAUGAGGGCAGACGCAGACGACUUUACUGUUGCCAGGCACUUCGAGGCCUACUUACUGUGGCUGUUCGGCUGGGUCAUGUUCUGCAGCUCGCAGGGUGACUCGUGCCCCAAACAGCUCAUUCCUUUGGCGAGGUCGAUAGCUGACGCUCCACUUCACGAGAUGCCACAGUUCAGCUGGGGUUCUGCUGUUUUGGCUGCGAGUUACAGGUGUCUUUGCACGGGCGUGACGAAGGUCUCAGCAGAGGAGCCCAUUUUUGUUGGGUGUCCUCUACUGUUACAGCUCUGGUCUUACGAGCGCUUUCCCGUCGGUAGGCCAGAGAUGGACUUCGAGCCGUACGUCCAGCUGUCCGCAGACCACGACGACGUCGACAGACCUACGAUGGGUUCGUUGUGGUGCCUCAGGAGGCCUUCUUGGGUCGGCGUGCAGACGAGGAAGUCGUACCACGACUUCGUUGGACAGUUUGACGCUCUUGUGGACACGGACGUGAGGUAGACUCCGUACACUGCAGCCGACAUUUACGCCCGGGCACCGAGCGGUCUUUCAUCCUUAUGCCUGCGAGAUCACGAGUACUGGAUGAC